AUGCCUCUAAAUCUAAGUUGUUUAAAUUCGUAUUCAUUCACUCCAUCGAUUCCUUUACUUUCUAAUGUAUUCAAUAAUUUUAAUCAUUCAACAUAUAAAUCAAAUGAAAAUAGUCUGAUUCAAAAAUUGUCUUCAUCAAUAAUAAAUUCAAAAUUUUCUUUACAUGAUAUUGAAUUAUUAUUUAACAUUUUUUCAAAAAAAAAUCAACAUUCUUUAAAUAUAUUCAUACUUUUAAAAACGAAAUUAAUUUCAUCAAUUUUUAUUUAUACAAUUAUAAUUCUUAUUCUUUUUUUACUAUUUUCUAUAAUUUUUUAUAUUAUAUCAUAUAUAAAAUUUAAAAAAUUCAAAAUUAAUUAUAAAAAUAUUUUCUUAAUUAUAUUAAUUAUUCUUAAUCAUGUUCUAUUUAUAUAUAAGAUAGUUAUUAUCAAUAAUGUACAUAAAACUAAAGAUUCUCUUAAUAAAUCAUUAUAUGAAAUAAAUAGAGAAAUUUAUCCAAAAAGUUUUAUCAAACAUUUACAUCAUUUAAUAAAACAAUUAACACAAUUUGAUGAAUAUUCAAUUAAAUCAAAUUCAAUUGUUGUUCUUGGAUUAAAAUCAAUUAUGAUAGAAGCAUUUAAUCGUUUAUUAAAAGAAAAUUAUUUUAUUGAAGAUUUAUUUCAUUAUUUUAAUAAUAUUGAUAAUAAUUAUUAUCAAUUGAGAGAUUCAAUUAUGAAUGAAACAAUAUUAACUAUUCUGUUUGAUCAAUUUACAAUAUCAUAUAAAAAUAUGACCAAUGAUUUAAUUAAUUUCAAUAAAAAACUUUGUUAUUAUUUUGAUAACUAUAAAUCUGAUUUUAAUAAACAAAUAUUGAAAAAUUUAAAUAUUUUUCAUGAAAAAAUUCAAUUUUUUAUUCAAUUUAUUGAAAAACAAAUUAUCAAUAAAAUUAAUGCAAAUUUCUUAGAUCAAAAACAAGAAGAUAAAAUUCAUAGAUAUAUUGCAUUAAUUGCAUAUUUAAUUACUUUUAUUAUUGUUUGUAUUACAAUUAUUCCAUUGAUUUUCAUUAGUAUUAAAAUCUUUUUACAAUGGAAAAAUGAACAAAAUAUUCAACGUAAUGUUGAUAAAGUCGAUUCUUCACUUAUUCAAAACGAUAAUCGACAACAUUAUCCAAUGAAUGUGAUGAGCAAGAAUACAGUAUCUAAUCAAAAUCAAUCGGAUGAAAUAGAAAAUAAUAUGAGAAGUAUAAAUAAUAAAUAUUCUAAUUCAUUAUCUGAUAUUGAUCAAAUCGAAAAUAAUAAAUUUGAAGAUCAUGAUAGUUCUCGUUUAUUUCUUUUUUCAAUACGUAUUGUUUUUAUUUUUAUACUCAUAUUAGUAAUUUUUCUAUUACUUAUUACUGGAUUUUUAUAUGGCCUUGAUUUAUUAUUACAUGGUUCUUGUCGAUUAGUACAUUAUAAUCAACCAUUUCUUAUUUCAUUUACAAUAAAUAAUUUUCUAAAUCAGAUGAAUAAUUUUGAUAUAAAUAUAACAAUUUUAAAUAUAAUUAAUGAUUGUAAUAAUAAUAUUCAUUUUAGUAAAAUUUUAUUUAAAAAUGCUUCUAUUCAAUUAAAUGAUCAAUUGAGUUCUACAAUAAAAGAUUUUAAUCAAGAAAUUUUUCAACAAUUUUUAAAUGUUAAUAAUAAGAUUAAUAUAACAUCAGAUCUUGAUUUACUUAUUAAUUUAGCUAACUUAAACAGUCUAAAUAAUAUUGCAAAUUAUCUUAAAUAUAUUAAAAAUGAUUUUGAACAAAUUGACCAAAUAUUUAAACAAAUUCUUACACCUAAUUCAGCAUUACUAGGAAAUUUUACUAAAGAAAUAUUCCACGAAUUUGAAAAAUUUGUCAUCGAAGUGACUCAAUCAACUAUUGAUCCAUGUCCAUUACCAAUAGACAUUAUACUAAAAAUGGAUCAGUUGAUUUGUCAUCAUACAGCAAAGAUAAUAAAUGGUGUAUGGCUCGAAAUAUUUUUAUUUAUGUUUUUUAUUGUAUUUGGUCUUUAUAUUUUUGGUAUAUACGUUUAUAAACAAUUUGAUUAA